AUGGCUCCCCAGACGGCCGCAUCUACCAUCGGCAUGGCCCUGGCUGGCAAGACGGCUUCUGUCGACAUCCCCAAGCCUCGCGACGCUGGAAAUGGCAGCAGGGGCGGCUUGGCUGCUCGCCCUGGCCAGGGACAUGGCCAGCUGCCAACUCCCCCCAACUCCAUCUCUCCGACUCUUUCUCCACACACCUUCAAGCACAAAAAUGCGGCCAACCUCCCCGACUCGCCUCCCGCUGCUCCCGUGCACGUCGACUCCGAUAUCGACUUGCAGGACGCCGUCGACCAUGCAAAGAGCCAGGACCAGCCGCCACAUGGCCCGACCACGAACACCAUAGACAGUGCUGGUGCCAUCACCCCCGCGCUGUUGGCCAAAUACCACCUCCCCGACAUUCUGCUUAACCACGGCCCCCUGGCGAUCCGCCACAUCAUGGGCUACCUCACCACUUCGGUCCCCGGGUUUGCGAGUAUCCCUCCCGCCAAAGCGCGCAGACUGGUCGUGGGUGCCCUGGAAGGCCGAGGAAAUGGCGGUGAGGGUGGAGGCAUCAAUGGGGAUGUGAUCUUCGAGAAGGUUGGUUGGGGUCGCUGGGACGCACGUCGACGCGGCCAGCCCGCCCGGGAUCGACAAGCCUUAAACAACUCGUCCCCACCAUCCAGCGUCCCAAACUCCUACCGGCAGGGUGUUCAGAUCCCUCAGAACUCGCAGUGGAGGAGCUCCAACAGUCGACCGGCCUAUGGAACCAGCAUGACCGGUGACUCUGCCGCCUUCUCCCACUCCGACCUCGACUACCCCGAGCACGAAGCGGACAAGAUGUCUCUCGACGGAGAAGACCGCGAUUACUGUUCCUCCUCCGAGGCACCUGACGAUGCCGCUGUUCCCGAUGACGAAUGGGAUGACGGGGACGUCACAGACGAAGAGGAUUGGGCAAAUAUAGGCGCUGAUGCCCUCCGAGCCAGAUCUUUGAAUGGCGGCGGCAUUGUAAAUACCAAUCAUCUUGCCAUAUAUUCGAAUCAGAAGCAGCAGUACCCUCAGCGGAGCGGGGGUGGUCCUGCUUCAUCCACCUUGGCGAAGUCAGUGCCGGGCGGUAUACCUGUUCAGCAGUCGGGCUUUUCUCUUCCGGACGGCGUUGGUGGCGAUCUCGAAGAGCGUGCGGCAGUUGAGGCGCUCUUGAAACUCGGAUCUAUGUAA